AUGGCUGAACUACCCACAACAGCGGUGCGCGUGAAUCGUCACAGACAGGAAGAUCAACCAGAGCCCCUCGCCAUCCCCGCCACCGCCACCACCGCCACCACCGCCAGUCCAGUAAACAAUGACAAUGGUACAGACGAGGACACGGCGCCGAAAUUGUCAAGCACUUCCAUCGCCCUCAUCAUGUCCCCCCUCUGCCUCUCGGUCUUCCUCUCCUCCCUCGACCUUACCAUCCUCACCCCGGCCAUUCCCUCCAUCGUGUCGUCCUUCUCCUCGGCGACGGGGUACGUCUGGAUCGGCAGCGCCUUCGUGCUCACCCACACGGCCGUGACCCCCGUCUGGGGCUCCGUCGCCGAUAUUUGGGGCCGCAAACCCGUGAUCCUCACUGCCCUGGCGAUCUUCCUGGGAGGCAGUUUGUUCUGUGCGUUGGCCCCCACGAUGGAGGGCUUGAUCGCGGGGCGUGCGAUCCAGGGCGUGGGAGCGUCGGGCAUGGGGACUAUGGUGACUGUGAUUAUUUGUGAUACGUUCUCCAUGAGGGAUAGAGGGCUGUAUUCGGCGGUUACGUCGGUGGUUUGGGCGGUGGGGAGUGCGGUUGGACCUGUUAUCGGGGGGAUCCUUACCACCAACUGGAGAUGGUGUUUUUGGAUCAACUUACCCAUUGGCGCCGUCGUCUUCGUUGUGUUGCUCUUAUUCCUGAAGGUUCCCACACCGAAUACGCCCGUCCUUGCGGGACUGAAGGCCAUUGACUGGGCUGGCAGCUUGCUCAUAGUCGGUGCCGCGCUGAUGAUCCUGCUCGGCCUCGACUUUGGAGACGUCACGUACCCCUGGUCCUCCGCUACCGUUAUCUGCCUCAUCGCUUUCGGCUCUGCCGUUGUCGGCAUUUUCAUCCUUAAUGAAUGGAAAUUUGCCCCCAACCCCCUUAUUCCGUUGCGCUUAUUUUCCAAUAGAUCUUCAGUCGCUGCCUACGGCGUCUUCGCCUGUAACUUCUACGUCCUUAUCGGUCUCUCCUACUAUCUACCCCUGUACUCCCAGUCGGCGCUUGGCGCUAAUGCCUUGAACUCGGGUCUUCAUCUCCUGCCUCUCAUCGUUUCGAGCUCCCUGGCGGCCGCCUGCGCUGGAGUGUUCAUUCAGCAAACCGGCAUAUACCUCCCUGUUAUGUACGUCGCCCAGGUCAUGCUAACCCUCGGCACCGGGCUCUUCAUAAAUCUCGAGCUUCAGGAAAGCCUGGCAAAGCUCUUUAUCUUUGAGAUUAUUACCGGGAUAGGCAUCGGCAUGAAUAUGGAACCUCCGCCCCUCGCCGCCAUGGCCGCCACGACGGUGCUGGAUACAGCUGCUGUCGUCACAUCCAUGGCCUUUGUGCGUUCGCUCGCGACUGCCAUCGCUAUUGUACUCGGUGGCGUCAUUUUUCAGAAUCGGAUGGACGCAACUAACGAUGAUCUGGUCGACCAGCUUGGUCAACAACUCGCCGGAAACUUCACCGGAGGUCAGGCAUCGACAAAUAUUGAACUCAUCACAUCGCUGCCGACCGACCAGCAGGUCCUGGUUAGACGGACAUCCUUUGGAGCACUAAGAACGGUCUGGAUCAUGUACGUGGUCGUCGCGGGCUUGUCAUUAAUUUCGAACUUCUUCGUCCGCGCCCACCAUCUGAGUGACGAAAUCAAGGCGUUACGGCUUGGAGUUGGCAGGACGAGGCGGGACGAACCACAACACGAUCAAGUUGCGAAUGCAAAUCCUAUCGAAUUGGACGAACUUGGCGAGAAUGGAACGCGUUGA